GCACAGGAGGAAGGACUUCAACCUUUGAGGCCGAUGCAUUUAAGAGCAUAUUACUGCCUCCAUUGUAUCGCUUCCUGCCAUUUUCAUGAGUUCAUUCUUGUUUUAUUUGUGGGUUCUGAUGGGGAGAAACACUUACUGUAUUUGUUAAUUGCAUUAUUGCUGCUACUUUUAACAUGCCUGGCAUGUCGACCCAGGUUGUCAUGUUGUUAAUAAAUAGUUUACUAAACCCUCACAAGAACCUUUGGCCAUAUUUUCAAACUUUUUUCAACACAAAGUUGUCCUUCGUGAGUCUAAAUAAGAAGCACCAGACUUCUGUUUAUUUUUUCUGAUUGUUCAAACCUCUGGGAAGGUUUGAGUAAGUUGUCAAUUGUGGUGAAGUGGUUUGUGUAAUUAAGACAGAGUGGUACAGUGUAAGCAGGGAUUUGUUGUGUAUAUAAAGUCAGUGGUAAAAGCAGAGCUGUUGCUCUGUUGGGACAGAAUGGGCCAAGCUGCUAACCUGCCUUGUAGGAGAGGAGAGACUUAUGUUACAGAGCUGUAUGAGUGGUUCAGGAAGUUUAUUCAUGAAUGUCCCAGUGGGCUGAUCACUCUUCAUGAGUUCCAAAGGCAUUUCUGUGAUGGAACAGUGGGCAGAGAGUCGGCUGAGUAUGCAGAACAGAUAUUCCGCACACUGGACAGUAAUGGGGACGGGCUGGUUGAUUUCAGGGAGUAUGUCAUGGCCAUCAGUAUGCUUAUUGAAGGUUCAGCUGUGGAGAAACUGCGGUGGUCAUUCAAGCUUUUUGACAAAGACAGAGAUGGAGCCAUUACCAAGGAGGAAAUGCUGGACAUCAUGCAGGCUGUUUAUAAGAUGAGUGUGGCUGCAGCUUUGACCAAACCCAACACACUCACUGCUGAAGAAUGUACCAACAGGAUAUUUGUGAGAUUAGAUAAAGACAAUAACGCCAUCAUCAGUCUGGAGGAGUUCAUAGAAGGAGCUCUGGAUGACGACUGGAUCAGAGAGAUGCUGGAAUGUGACCCCAACACUGUGAAGGUGGAGAGGCCCGUGAGGAGGGACAACACUCUGGGGACCCAUGGUUGACAUGUAGUCCACCAUUUUAUUCAUCGAGAGCAGAGAUUUAAAAACCAGCUGAUGUCCUCUCUGACAUUUCUCCAGGAAUAGUUUUAGAAACACAGCUGCACAUGCAGUCAUUUAGAUGUCAACUAAGGUUGCAACAACAUUGAAAGCAUUAAUUCCCAAAGGUUGUUUGUAUGUCUACAACAUAA